AUGUCAUAUUCUCUUUAUAAACGAUCAGCUGAAAGACAAUCUCAACAAUACAAUCUAGCUGACGAAGAGAAUCCUUUUUUGACUUCUACUCCGUCUUCUGCCAACAUUCCAAGUAUAUUUAACGACUGUUUACCAGAUAGUCAAUUUGAAACUAGCGACCGUCCUUUUAAGAGAACUAAGGUGGAAAAUGAUUUUUUCGCAAGAGACUUUAGUCCAUUCACCCCUUCAAGAAACACUACUAACUUUAUUCCAGAACUUAAGGGAUUACAAGAUUCAAUAUUCUCCCAAGGAUCAUUUAAUACUACAUCCCCGAAAUUAGUCAAUGAUUUAACGGAAUCUCGUCUCAAAAUCACUGCUCUUGAGCACACUAAAAAUGAUUUUGAAAGAAAGAUCGCUAGAUUAGAGACUAAUAAACAGAGUAUGGAACUUCAAAUUAAGGAAUUAAAUUUGUCUAUCGAGAAAUCGAAAAGCGAUUGCAAGUUCUUUCAUGAUCGUGAGUUGGAAACAUCGAAAAAAUUAGAGCGUUUAGAGGCGGAGUACUCGUUGAAUAAGCAAAAUUAUGCUCGUGAAUCAAAUAAGCUCAGAAACGAAAUUUCCAAAUUAACACAACAAUUACAAAAUGUUCAGAAUGAUAGAAGAACAAAGGAAAGUGAAUAUCAGCGAACGAUUGAGGCAUUAAAUUCAGAAAAAAAAAUUUUAGAUCAUAAACUUGAAAAUCAAAAUGAACAGAGACAGUGCGAAAUAUCUGUUUCUCGACAGGCACUUUUGAACCAAGCUCAGGCGCAAUUAGCUGAGACUCAACAAAAGUUGCAGGAGGAAUUUAAUAUAUCAACUCAAUUAGGUGACAUACCAAAUCUGAAAAAACUUAAUCAAGAACAAUCAGAACGCAUACGGAAUUUGGAAAAAAAUAAUUUAGAACUUACCUCAGAAUUGAAACGUUUGAGAGAUUUAUCUCCAAGCAUUCAAAUACUCGAUGAAAAAGUGAAAUCUUAUGAACAUCAACUUUCUAAUUUGAAUUCACUUCGUCGUCAAGCCGCAGAAUUAGAAGCCGAAAACAUUAUGCUGAAAAGGGAAAAAGUUGAAUGGACAAGUUAUCUCGAUAAAGAAAAAGAUAUAAUCAAUGUAAAUUCGGCUUAUAAUCUAUGUAAAGAACUUGCAUCAAGAAGAAUUGAAAUCGAAAUGUUACAAGAAAGAGGACGUAAUUUGGAGGAACAAAUUAAAAGCAAAGAUAUAGUGAUAUCUGAAUGUGAAAGCAAAAUUAUGCAGUUGGACAAAAGAUGCAAGGCCACGGAAUAUAAAUUUUCUAAUGAACUUGAAGCAUCUAAAAAGACCAAAAACUUACUUCAAAUGGAAGUUGAGAUGCUUACGAGAACCUUGAAAUCAUAUGAUGACGAAGAGAAGCAUUUGAAAACUGGUAAUUAUGAUAGUCAAAAAUCCGAGCACAUCCAAGUUCUGGAAAAGAUGCUCUCAGAAUACAAAAAAGAAUUGGAAAUUACACUUGAAACUGUAAAAGUUGAAAAAACAGAAUCCCAUAAUUCAACCGAAACGGGCUUUCAUUCAGCUCAAAUACUUCAACGAAAUGAAGAAUUACAAUCAAUUAACUUUACCUUGGAGAAUAAAAAUGCUAAUUUAAAAAAAGAGAUAUUUUCUUUGCAAAAUCAAAUUUCUGUUCUUGAACAGGAUGAGUUGAAAAUUCAUUCAGCUGAAUUGAUAAAGCAAAAUGAACUUUUACAAGAAACAAUUAAGGAACUUAAAAAUGAAAACUCUUCAUUGAAGAAAGAAGUUUCAUCGCUUGACCAACAAGUUGUUUCUUUGCAACAUGCUGUUGGAAGAGGUGAAUAUAAUCAGGAAUGUACAAAACUUCUUGAAAUGAAAGAAAAUCCAUCAACAACUGAUUAUGCUAUUCGACGAAGUGCUUUACAAGCAUUGAAAACUGAAAAUCAGCAGUUACUUGAAAGAUUAAAAAGUCAUCUAAAACACGAUAAAGAACUUGAAGAGGAUUAUGACGAAAAUAAUGUUAUACCAAUUCAGAGUUUUUUCAAUUUGGAAGGAGAAAAUAACCAACUUAUAGAACAAAUAGCGAAGAAAGAAAUACGUAUUACAAGACUAUUAGAGGCAUGGAAGGCAAAAGCUCAAGAAUUUAGGGAAGCUAUAUACAGUCUUUUAGGUUACAAAUUAGAAUUUCUUGAGAAUGGUAGAGUUCGAUUAACAUCUAUGUAUUCCGAACAAGAUGAUCAUUCUUUUGUUUUUACUUCAGAUGAUGAUGAUUGUGGGACUAUGCAAUUGAUUGGAGGAGGGAAUACCGAAUAUAUCAAAAGCCUAGAUAGUCUGAUUAAAUAUUGGGUGGUUGAACGUAAUUCUAUUCCUUGUUUUUUGAGUAGUUUAACAAUUAAAUUAUUCGAAAGUACGACAUUUGGACCUGUAGGAAGAGAUUUGGAUAUGAGUAUUAAUAGUACCUUAAAUCUUAUGACGAACGAUAAUUUAGUGCCCGAAUAA